CAUUGAAUCCGGUUCGCGAUUGCAGUCACCCACUCGAAAACUACAAAACCAAACGCAAGAUUGCAAGAAGUGCUAAAUACUUGCAGCUUAGAUUGCGUAUCUGACACUGAGGCGUACGCUUUGGGGUUUGGGACUGGGUUUCCCAGGGCUUAUUCGAUUUAGGGUUUCGUCUAAGAACAAAUUCAAUUUCCGUUAGCUUUGCAGAAGGGGGCUGCCCCAUGGAUUCCCCUGGCUCACUUCACUUCGAUAUCUUUGAUAUCUACAGGCGAUAUUCUGACAUUGUGCGGGCCAACGGGAAUCCAGAUGAUGAACCUCAGAAAGCCAGAUACUUAAGAGAGGAACUCCCCCAGCUCCUGAAAUAUGUGGAGCCAAGAUUGCAGUUAAGCUAUGGCAGAAUAUCAUUGAUGGAAGGGCUUUGCAGGCUUAUGUCACAAUUAGACUUGAAGGCUGACUUCUCAGAAUUUUCACAUUUCUAUGAUUUUGUAUUCUUCAUCUGCCGAGAAAAUGGUCAAAAGAACAUUACUGUGAGAAGGGCUGUUAUGGCCUGGAGGUUAGUUUUAGCUGGAAGGUUUCGAUUACUUGACCAAUGGUGUGACUUUGUUGAGAAAAAUCAGCGAUAUAACAUAUCUGAGGAUACAUGGCGCCAAGUUUUAGCUUUCAGUCGUUGUGUACAUGAAAAUCUUGAAGGAUAUGAUCCUGAAGGAGCAUGGCCAGUCUUGAUUGAUGACUUUGUUGAGCACAUGUAUAGGAUUGGUAGAUCGAAUAGCUCUCCACAUAUAGUCUGCAAUUGUGGUGAUUCAGAAGUCCACCAAUCAGAGGAACAACCAUUGCGUGGAUUGAAUAUCUUUUGUGGUUUUAAGAGGAAGUGGUGUGAUGACCCCGAUGCAAGUGUACAUUGCAAGAAGCGCUUGAGUUCAUCAAACAAAUAUGUCACCUCGGAAGAGAAUCCUUUAGUAAGUGUACAUGACUGCAUGGAUAUAGGUAAAUUCAAUAACCCCAUAGGGCACCCGAAAUCUCCAUGUGCUGUUGAGGGGUGCCUCUCCAAGGGGUUUGCAGGGCUCUUAUCAAAUGGUCCGUGUCUGCAGUUUGAUCAGAAGAGGAGAGUUUCCUAUACAUAAAGAUCCCGGGAGAGUUUUCCGCCUCAUAUUUGGCCUAGGUUCAUGCGGCAACUUCACCCCAUUUUUCUCGCGGCAACUUCACCCCAUUUUUCUCUGAACUCCUUCGUUUUUGGUUUUGGUUUUGGGUGUGAUCUAGGUAGAAGGGCUGAUGAAGUGAUGAUGAUUUGUUUUGGUUCUUGAUACAUUACCAAUUUCUGUUGUAUGUAUGACCGAACGACAAAAAGAGUAAAUAAAUGGUGAUCUCUUCAUU